UCCUUGCGACACCUCCGCAUACACGGGCUCGCGGUGUCUUUGCCCUCCACGACGACCUUCUCCACACUCUCUGCCAACUCUUGAGCCCUUACUCCUCUCACUCUUCCGCGCGCUCCCUACUCCUCACCCUCGGUUUUCGUGCGCUGUUGCUUUUGGACCCUCCCGAGCGCCACCAUCGUCUCGAGCGGUGAGCCCAGUUGGAACUUCUCCCGUAAACGUUGCCUCGGCGUGCUCCUUCGUUCUCGAGGCUAACCACGAUUUUUUCCAGUACAAUUAUCGCAUUGCAGCUGGCCUGACGCUUGCGAAACCCAAUCUUACCUCCCAAUACACCUCCCAUCUUCGGUCAUCUAUGGCGCCUUCCACCUGAAAAUCCCAAGCGAGCUGCGUCUUUGCCAAUUUGACUCCCGAGACCGGAGCUUCCUCCGACGAGUGAAGACUUCUUCACUGCGGCUCGUUUCUUUGCAAGAAAAACCUCGCGAUACUGGCACCGUACAUGGACGGUGAAGACUUCCUCAAUGGUGGAAUGACUAUGGGCGGGGACGUGAUUGGGGAUCCGUCCGGAGAGAUGAGCUGGGAGCAAGGCGGGCACAUUACUCUUUUCGAUGAGACGUCGCCACGUUUUUUUAAUGACUCCUUUGCGUCGCCUGCGCCACCUGAGACCCCAAUGUUGGGCGGGGCUGCGAAGGCGCCUCAGCUGUAUAGUGAGAGCGACUUCUUGGGAUACGGCCGGCGACUGCAACCAGGCUCCAUGGACGGAGGAUCCUCGACAUCACCAGAGAGCUCAGUUCCUGACUCGUCUUCAGACUCCUCCCGCAGUCGCAAGAGGAAGCCAUCGACCGUGAUGACGGGAGAGACGAUGGAUUUGGGGUGGGCCAUGCAUGAGGGCAGCUUGUCCCCGGAGAUGCACAAGAUGAAGCAAGAGACGGACCAGGCCGUGGACGCCAUGGGGACGCAGAUGGCCUCGCAAUUCCCAGACUUCAGCGGCCCGAAUAGCCCGCAGGAGCAGACGAUAACGCCGUCGAAGCUGCAGCAGAACUUUGGGAUGAGGAACCAGGUGCCGACGGCCAGUCCCAGCAAAGCUGCCUUCUUCCUUGGAUCUGAGUCGCGCGACGGUUCCCCGUCCUCUGCCAACGCAAUGUCGAGCGACAAUUCUCCGCAUAUGUUCAAUGGAUACCAGUCCCCGUCUCCCAUGACCCGCAAGCGCAUGACGGCGCCCGCCAUUUGGGACACCAACUCGCAAUGGGCGCAGGGCCAACACCCUGCAUAUGCGGGUGCGGCAUCGUCGCCGUUUAGAGCAACAGUCUCGCCCGCAGCCUUGCAGAACGGGCAGAUGCCAGGCCUCGGGACGCAAGCCGCUCUGUACAUCGGAUCAGAGACCGGAAAGUCGAGAGUCGAGACCCAGAUCAAAAUCACGCUCUCCGUCGACCCGCUACCGGCAGGUAUCUCAGCUAUACAUCUCCCGACACCCUUGAGCUGACAACUCUACUGGUCUGUGCUAGUGCAAUGCAGAAGGGAGGCCCGCUGGCAAUUCAACAAGCGUUCAGGCGAGCCGCAGGAUUGGAGCUGAUACCGCAGCGACGAGCAUCCAGUGACUCUGCCUCUGGCAGCGAUAUCAAUGACGACCCCGGCCACCCGUUGAACGGUGGCCCCGUUGGCAUUUGCGAAGGCUGCAUUGCCCGAGAGAAGAAGCGCGCAGGACGAAAGCGCGCAAAGAAGUCGGAGGACGAAGCGCUUUGGGAGCGAUACGGU